AUUAAUAAUUCGCCAACGCGGAUUUUCAACGGCUCAUUUAUCUGUCGGUUUGCAUUAUUUUAUCUACUUGUUGCGUUUGUUGUUACAAACUUACUCUAUGUAAAUUGUCUUCAUUAGCGGCAGGUGUUGCGCUUUAUUCUCUUACCAGCGUAUUUCUCGCUUCGUACUUGGCAGCAGAAUUUUGCGCAUUAAACUGUAAACAGUUGAGUCAUAUAAAAAUCACGAAAUAAUAAAAUUUUCGACAAAAGAUUACGUACAUAGGCGAAGGAACUUUGCGAGACAUCAUGAGGAGCUCCCGAUGGCGAUAAAAUUACAAUAUACCCGUUUUGUAAGUUGAUUCUCUUCUGGAUCUUAUGAAUUCGACAACCGUUUUCUUUGCAUAUCUCAGUCCCGGUAUAUCUUGCGCGUCUCUUUUGACAUCCUCUUGCUUUCUUUUCUUGUGCUAUUUCUUUCACGGCACGAUUCAAUAGGAAGCGGAAGUUUCGGAAUAAACGAAGGUUUCUAUCGUCACGUCCUGUAGGUUGUUAUUCCGCAGGAAAAAGGUAUAGGAUAUACACAAUGGUGUUUAUAUUUCGUCCUCAAUAAAUAUUGAUAAUCUUUUUAUGACUUUAUUUAGAAAUGACAAUCAAGAUUAUCACACGCGCGUGACUAUAGUAAAGAACGGUCAAUGAUCAGAGAUGUAGACAAUUUAUCGACAAUUUAUUUUUAAAUUCAUAGUGAACAAAUAAAGAUAUCACGAUUUAUUAUUAAUAUAUGAAUGAAUAUAUGAAUAGAAACGUCAUCCCGGUGCUUUUAACACAGACGGUUUUAGAGAACAUGCGCGAGAAACAAAGGAAUAACAGUAUUUCGUUAAUCGUGCAGUCAGCCGCGCGUUAAUCGAUAAAUUAAAGCGGCUUAUAAUGGAAUAGGGCAUUCGAGAUCGCUUCACUACAUCGAUUAUUUGGACGAAUAUAUUCGCAGUUAUUGAUUAAUAGGACAUGAACCUUCAUUAGAGUACCGUUCACUUUUCUCGCGUCUUACAGUUACAACGGACAGUAGUGUAAAAUUGUGGACAUAGAUUGAGCAACGUAUUGCUUACUCAAGUACACGUGUUCAUUUUCUGGAGUACAUAUUCUUGUGUCAGUUUUAUAUCUUGAAUAGAUUUCUUGAUGGUGACGUAGACAAGAAAUAUAUGAUGUGAAACUACGAUCAAAGAACUGUCAGCAACCACGUAAAAACGACGGUAAAAGUUCAACUUGCCUGUUCUCUUUUAGAUAUAUUUGACAUGUGGACAAUUGAAAUGACAAUCGGAAUGACGAGAAAGAAGGUGUGCAUGUGACAAGAAUAACCACUAUAUCAAUAUUAUCGCUAUAAUUAUAAAUUUUAUGCACAUGUAAACUCCAGCAGCAUCAUUAACGAUACAUUCAUAAUCAAGGAAUUCUGAGAGAGAAUCUCUGCGCCCUAAUUGCCAUUAUCUCUGCAUUAUAUAAAAACUAAAUUAUAUUAAAAAUUAAAUUACAUUAAAAAAUGUAUUUAUAUAAAUUGGACGACUUAAUAAAAAAAAGUGAUUUAUCUAAGAAGGUGCGGAAAAAUUUCAUUGCUGUAGGUAGUAAUAUUUUAUUGAAAAUUAGUAGGUUCCUUCAUAUAGAAACACUUGCGGUACUUCAUGAUAAAAUUCUUAAUUAAAUCGAAAAGUUUAAUUAAGUUUCGAUGAUAAGGGACGAUGUAGACUAGAUUAUCGAACUUGUCCGUGGAUUAUCAGGCGAAACACACUAGGGAAUAUCUUGAAAUUAUAUUUGAACAUGUGACACAUGCGUACACAUUGGCCGUUUUCUCUAUCAUUCAUUAUUAACAAUUUUUGUAACGAAAUGAAAAUAAGAUAUCAAUUUCACAUCUCGCGCGCAAACGUUACAAUUAAAUUAAAUUCUAACCCGUGCUCGAUGUAGUCACUAGCAUCGACGUUAAUAUCGGCUUUGUCGAUUAGAAAAUUCUCUGUAAUAAAAGUUCCGAGGAUAAUUCGGUUCUGAACAGUAUACAAUCAUGCUUCAGAGCAUGAAUACAAAUAUACGUACAAAAGUGACAUGCACAUGAUGUCAUGUGUAACUUACUAUUAUAAUUAGAAUUAUACGAAUAUACGAUUUUUGACUUUAUGCUCGCAUGCAGAAAUCGUACCAGUAAUCUUGGUUAUAAUAACCAGGCACAUAUGACACAGAGUGUACAAGAAAUCACAUAUUGAGGGCAUGAUCUGUUAGUUUUAUUUGAUGAAUAUCAGAAUCCGGAGAAUGUAUAGGCGUUUCUAUCGACAGCGCGACGUAUAUUUCAUCGUCGAGCGACCCGAUAUCCAAAAUGCAAACGUAACCGAUAAUAGUCACACUUUUUUUCCUCAUCGUUUCACUACCCUUUCUCCCGUAGUUGUCGUUUUGAAACUCUCAGCUUACCGCGCAAUUCUCUCAUCCUCCGGCUUGCCAGUUUGUCUAUAGGAACUUCGUGCGCUAUUUUAUUCAGCAGAGCGCUCGCGAGCGGCUACGUCAUGCGGAUUUCUAUGCCAUUUGAACUCUUUGAGAUGCACAGGAUAAGACGCUACCUGUUUCUUCUACCUGAGUUGCAAUUUUGCACACAACUAUGAGAAAUUCUCCGGAAGCAUACGUCGAAGAAGUAGUCCGCGCAGAAAGAUGGAACGUAUGAUACACGUCAUUGUGCGGGGAACGCGCUAAAGACGAUACGACUCUCGGGAACGUCCUCUCAUCUAUGUACAUAUAAAACUGGACCUACACACUUGUGCAUACGCGUACAAUACAGCGUCCAAACAGUAAGUUAGCCCGACAGAACGCGCAAUUCAGAGCACCCGUUCUUACUGUGUCAAGACGAAGAGCGGCAUGAUAAAGACGAUGGCAUUAGUCGCUAAGAACUGGUCGUAGUCGACGCUGCAAUUUGUACGUGCGCCACUUGGAAACUUUUAGAUCGCAUGUUUCACAUGUCAAAGUCUUGGAUUCCGAGGCGCGAUUAUUCGCGCUAAGUGUACGCGCCGAACUUCCAGGACUGUAAACAAUGAUGAUGAUGAUGCUAAUAGCGAGUGACGUUCUGAAUACAAGCAGAAGCCCCAUGAUAGAGGAAUAUGACGAUAUCGACAAUGUUUACAUACCGUAUGACCAACGACCCGAGACUUACAUUGUACCCAUAGUAUUUUCGAUAAUUUUGGUCGUGGGUGUCACGGGGAAUGGCACUUUGGUUCUUAUUUUAUUAUGCCACGCCAAUAUGAGAAACGUGCCGAAUAUUUAUGUGCUUUCUUUAGCCUUGGGCGAUCUAUUGUUGAUCGUGACCUGCGUACCUUUCACAUCUAUCCUUUACACGCUUGAGUCGUGGCCAUGGGGCUUGUCAAUCUGCAAACUGUCCGAAUACGUUAAGGACAUUUCGAUCGGUGUGUCGGUGUUCACUCUAGCAGCUUUGGCAGCCGAAAGAUACUGCGCCAUCGUGAACCCGAUUCGACGCCAUGUAGCGGGCUUGAGCGCGAAACCGCUAACCGUUUUAACAGCAUCCCUUAUCUGGAUACUAGCUAUUGUCUUAGCUCUGCCCGCCGCACUCUUCUCCCAUGUGCCAGCUAUACCGUUGGGAGGAAACCACAGCAUUCUAAUCUGCAGCCCCUUUCCCGAAGAAUUUGGAGACAGAUACAAGAAAGGCAUAAUAAUGUUUAAAUUCUUAGCGUAUUACGCGAUACCACUGUGUGUGAUAGCCGGCUUCUAUUUAGGUAUGGCGCGGCAUUUAAUAUUGUCUACCAGAAACAUGCCAGGUGAACUUCCUGGCUGCGAACAGAUAAGGGCGCGCAGGAGGGUGGGCAAAAUGGUAUUGUCCUUCAUAAUCAUUUUCGUGAUUUGCUUUCUACCGUACCACGUGUUUAUGCUGUGGUUUCAUUUCUGGCCCUCGUCGCAGGACGAUUAUAACGUUUUCUGGCAUGUAUUCAGGAUAGUCGGUUUCUGCCUCAGUUUCAGCAACAGCUGCGUAAAUCCCAUAGCUCUCUAUUUCAUCAGCGGCACAUUUCGUCAAAGCUUUAACAGAUAUUUGUGCUACUGUCUACCGGGUGCCUGCAAUGGCAGUCGCAUAGAAAGAGGCAGAACUCGCGGUGACGUUGGUUUCUCCCAAAGAAGUCGCGGCAUGCGGGGCACAUUUUAUGAGACCAGUUUCGGUUCCACUUUCCGCAAACACACCCAAGAAUCGACCGGGGUAUACGAGAUGGCCAGCAUAGAAAAGGCUAAAUCUACCCCGUGCGAUCGGAGGUUGCUUGCGGAGUAA